ACUACCUUUCUUCUCCCAACAGAAUUAAACACCCAGAAAAAAGGAAAAAAAAAAAAAUGUCAGGUGUUUUGCGUUUCGACCCAGAUGGCGUUUUUCACCUAGCGGAGGGCUCCUCCCAUGGUGGUAGUAGUUCGAGGAAAAGGCAGGUUUUGGUGUACUUGCCGACCGGCCAGGUGGUCUCAUCGUACUCUUCGCUUGAGCAAAUGCUGACGGGGUUAGGUUGGGAGAGGUACUACAGAGGCGACCCUAACUUCUUUCAAUUCCACAAGCAUUCUUCCAUCGACCUAAUCUCUCUCCCUAGAGAAUUCUCCAAGUUCGGCUCCAUUCAAAUGUUCGAUAUUGUUCUUAAAAACUCCGAUACCUUCCGUGUCCGAGACAUGUGAGUCCGUACGUCUGUUUGUCUGUCUGUCUCUCAACAUAUCAUGCAUGUGUUUCUCUCGUGUACGUGAGUUGUUGUCGGUUGUUGUUUGUGGUUUCUGGCUCCUGUGUUCUUGUUUAGUAUUUUAAUAAAUUUAGUAGAAAGUUGGUGUCUUGUCUGUGCGUGGUACGUAGCUAAUUUUGUAAUUAAUGCUUUUGCAAGUUCGUUAAUAUGAGUGUGGCUUUGUAAUAUGUUGUAAUAUUAAUGCAAAAUGCAUGUCAUGGGGAUUUCACGUCA